AUGGACGAUCCGUCGAUGAUGCCCGAUUUAUCCCAUCUAUCGGCUGAAGAACGUGAAAUAAUAGAGCAAGUCUUCAAAAGACAGAGGGAUGAAGAAGCAAAAGAAACACAAAUGUCUCAAAAAGCGACAGAGGAGCUUUCUGAGCUAGACAAACAGAUAACAGAGAGGAAAGAGACGUCGAAGAAGCUGAUUGGCACACAAGAUGACGCGAUCUGUCAAAUCUGUCAGAAGACGAAAUUCGCGGAUGGGAUUGGCCACAAGUGCUUUUAUUGUCAAUUGCGUAGCUGUGCAAGAUGCGGAGGUAGAGCGCAGAGCAAGAAUAAGGCAAUCUGGGCUUGUUCGUUGUGCCAGAAACGUCAACAAAUUCUGGCCAAAACCGGCAAAUGGUUCCAACCCGAAGAGCAGCCGCAGCAGAAAAUUAGCGUCUCCGACCCGAGUCCCUCGCCCCAACCGCUAACUCAGUCGACCGACCACAACGAACCACUACCACAACCAGAGCAGAGGCAAGCGGAACCGCCUGAUAAAAUGAACAAUCAGAAUUACCAACCGAAUCAACAGCCUCGAGGGAUGGGAAUGCAGCAGAAUCAGAUGCCUCAGCAGAUGAGUAUGAACGGUCCAACUCAAAAUUCACAUAAUCAGAACCACCAUCCCAAUAACCAUCAGGGAGUCAACAAUCACCACCCGACCAAUAGGAGGCCUAUGCAGCAACAACAGUCGAUGAAUCAGAAUCAGAUAAAUCAGAUGAACCAAAACCAGAAUCAAAUCCCAAACCAAAAUCAGCACCAAAAUCAAAAUCAAAAUCAGAACUUUCAGAAUCAGGCUGGCCCCCAGAAUCAACAUCAUCAAAAUCAGAGACCAAAUGACAAUCGGAGUAUGAAGCAAAAUGCGCAGCAACAACCUCAGCAGCAGCAAAAUCAGUUUCAAGGCAAUUCAACUAUGGGUGGACAUCAACAACUUCAUCAGCAGGGACCACAACAACAGCCUUCUCAUCAUCAACAAAUGGGAGAGCAGCGAACGGAUAACAACAGAAUAAGAGAGAACCACAACGGACAAGGAGGAAUGUUCCCCAGGCAGCCUUCGUUAGAGCGAACCUCCUCGGUGAACAAAUACAAUCAAGGGAGAGUGGAAGAGGAUAGCCAACGGCCCACAUUCUACACAGGAAAUACGGAAAACGACCAGAGGCAGUUCGAUGGGCAAAUGCAACCGAAUUCACAACAAAAUUCUCAUAACCAGAAUCAAAAUCAGAAUCAAAAUCUCAGGAAUAAAAGUGGGAAUCGGGUAACAGAAGAAGACUAUGCGAGUUCAUCAAAUUUCGAGUCCAAAAAACAGAGGAAUCAUAACUCACAAACUCAGCCGAAUGCACAAGGAGUGAGAGCAGUCCCUCCAACUGACGACCAUCUGAAUCGGGUGAAAAAUCGAUUGCAUAGACAAUUGCGAUCAAUGUCAUCUUCUGAAGAGGAUAUCAUUGCCGGCGGUGGUGGUAACACUUUGAAAAUGUCGACGUCAGCAGUGGUGGCUGCCGGCGGCAAAACCGCAUUCCAUGAUGAUAUGGGCGCAUCGAAUGUGCAGAGGUUGUCCGAGGAAUGCAAUUCUGAAAAGGACCUCCUUCGAUAUAUUUAUGGCGAUCAUAAAAACCCGGAUUCGUCGUCUUCUGGCGCUGGUGGUAGCGGUGUUGGUGGCGUUUCGGGCGGAAACAGCCUGCUGAAGAACAUGCAAGCUAAUCGAAGGCGUGACAAAUCGCUCUCCUUGUCACCAUCGCGGAAUGAUCAUUUUGGAACUGGUAGUAUAUCUGGAGGGGAUUUAUUAGCAUCUCGGAUACGAACUUUCUUAUCACACCCUGUAACAUGGCAGCCUUCAGCAGAUCAAAAACGGUUAAUAGGUCACAUGAUACUACACCGAACAGAAAACUCGGCGGCUAAUGGAGAUCUUGGGUUGAAAAUAGUUGGUGGUCGAAGAACGGAUACUGGGAAGCUGGGCGCUUUCAUUACUCAAGUUAAGCCGGGCAGUGUGGCCGACACCAUUGGAAGACUACGUCCUGGGGACGAAGUUGUUGAAUGGAACGGACAGUCAUUGCAAAAUGCUACUUACGAACAAGUUUAUGAUAGUAUUGCAGCAAGUCGUUAUGAUACUCAAGUGGACUUAAUUGUUAGCAGGAACGCAAUACUACCCGGCGGAGAUGACUUUUUCAACCUUACCUCUUCUCAAAUGUCUUCAUCCACUUAUUCUAGAGCCCCAUCUGCAUACCCACCUCAAUUUCAGCGACAGCUGCCUAAUCCCGAUCUUUUUCUUGAUAUACACCCAGCUCUCCAACAACAAUUAUUAUCACAUUCACAGUCAGCCGUAUUCCCUCAUAAUAACACAUUGACCUCGCGUAAUCGAUCAACGUCAAGCUACUACUAUUCGGAUGUUGCAGAUCUUGGGGUUCCAAAUACUCGAGAAGCUGCGGAAGCACAAACGUUUGGAACUGGUCAUAUAUUCGGACGGAUAGAAGUUUCAUUUGUUUACUCUCAUCAUGAUAGACAACUUUCUGUUGCACUUGUAAGAGGAUUUGAUCUACCUCCAAGAUCGGACGGAACACCUAGAAAUCCCUAUGUUAAAAUAUUCCUGUUACCGGAUAGAAGUGAGAAGUCUAGAAGGCAGUCAGCAGUAAUAGCGGAGACGUUAAUGCCGGUUUGGGAUGAAGUUUUCUAUUACAAUGGUCUUACUGAACCCAUGCUGCUGCAAAGGGUUCUAGAGCUAACCGUUUGGGAUUACGAUAAGUUUGGAACUAACAGUUUUUUGGGAGAAACUCUUAUCGACCUGGCAUCAGUACCUCUUGACGGAGAGCAUUCUCUAAUGUGUAUUCUUGUUGAUAUGGACGAUGAUAACCCGUUGCGAACACGUUUAAAAUUACGAAAAGCGUCGUACAACGCACCAACGAGACGUCCGCAGUCGGAGCUCAAUUAUUACGAUCACUCCUCCAACUAUUAUAACCACAUCAGUCAAAACAUGGACAAACCGCCGCAUCAUCAUCAUCUAGGAACAAAUGACGAGGAGAAUGAUGAAUACAUUGACGACGACGAGCUUGAGAACGACAUCGACUUGGCGACAGGCGGCGCAGCUCGGAAAAGUCGCGCAUAUCGGCGUGAGAAGGGGAUGCAUGGAGGACACGGAUACGCUGACUGGACUCAAAAUCAGCAGAGACAAUCCGGAUAUACAUCGGACCAUGGCUACGGAAGACAAACUAUGAUGGGUCGCGCGUAUAAUCGGCGACAGCAACGACGACCCAGAAGUGCGACUGCACUAUCGCAGAUGGAAAGAGAGGAAAUGUACGAUCCAACCAGGAAACAUAGGGAAGAGGAUGAGUAUUCGAUGAGAGAAACUGUUCGCCAUGGCUCGCAAUAUUACUUGGGUGAUCAGCCGCUGUACGAAGACGGACGCUACAAGAUUCCUCCGAACCAAAUGAUGUCCCAACAACAUAAUCAGCAGCAACAGCCACAUCCGUUGUCGCAAGCUCAUCAACAGCAGGCACCCGGAGGAGUACACCCACAACACCAUCAGGGUAUUCAGCAAACGCAAGGAAAAGUUCAUCAGCAGCAACAACAACAACAACAUGCACAACAACCAAAUCAGCAUCAGCAGAUGCAACAAAUGAUGCCUCCAAUGCCCAAUCAGGGAUAUUAUAGUGAUGGAAGUGAAACGUUAAGUGUGCAUUCGACGAACAGCAUGCCAACAACACUAACAACAGUCAAUAGAAGAAAUACUGCUGCAAAUCAUUCGACUGCAUCUAAUGAUACAACUUCGUUUGAGGAAACUCCUACAGCUACAAAUAACAGAGUCCCAAUUAAAGAGGCUAAACAAAACUCAUUAGCAAGUUCUUCAUCAGUAGCUGGCAGUGGUGGUGCGGCUAACAAUAGUAAUCCUGGCUCCAUCAUGAAAGAAAGGAAGAAAAGUUUGAUGACAAGGUUUAUUCCUGGUCGAGGAGCAGAAGGCAAGCGAACAGGUUUCGCUAGAUCCGAAGAAGUCGGAAUACCAGGAAAUCUGUCAUCAGACCGGCUUGCCGAGCCAACACCUCCAUUUCUGAAGCAAGCCAGCAAGGAAAGCACCGACUCUGCGCACUCAGACAAUUGGCUUCCAGUGCUCGCUGAUGGUCCGCUUGGUACGUUCGUCGACAAUCUUGGUCCUGGUCAAGUCGUUGGUCGUCAAGUGCUCGCAUCACCUGUACUCGGAGAAAUUCAGAUUGCAUUGAUGGCCGGCCGGAGUGGUAUCGAUGUGGAAAUUAUCAAAGCAAAAAAUCUCGUAGUUAAGCCUGGAGUGAAAGUGUGUCCAGCUCCCUAUGUGAAAGUGUACCUUAUGGAGGGAAAACAAUGUGUAGCAAAAGCAAAAACCAACGCGGCUACCAAAACAACAAGUCCAUUAUUUCAACAACAUUUAAUAUUUAAUGAUAGUCCGAAGAAAAAAACGCUUCAGGUGACUGUGCUCGGUGAUUAUGGUCGAAUGGAGAGGAAAGUUUUUAUGGGAAUAUCUCAAAUCCGUUUAGAAGAUCUAGAACUGGGAUCCCAGCCAUUGAUAGGAUGGUAUAAACUGUUUCAUAGUUCCUCGUUGGCCGGUACUGGUCCAGUCCGAAAAGAUUCCGACGUGUCUGUUGGAGGUCCUCAGCAAUGA